CAACUCUUCUUUUUAUAACACAACUAACUAUCUUUUCUUUCCCAAAUCUCAUCCCUGCUCUUCAACCCUCAAUCUCAUCGACAUGGACCAACUCAAGCAAAGAACAAACCACACAAAAGCGCUCUUUCGGGGACCGGAUAUGUCGGACGCGCCCGAGUUCCUGCCCGAGGAAGAACAGGAACAGCUUAUCGAAUCACUACGGAUAUCAAAUGAAAGGGCAAACGACAUGUUCAAGAUUGUCCUGCAGGCAUUUUCGGUCACGGAAGUUGUGAUACAUCUUGCCUUUACAACAUAUACUUGGUAUAGGAGAGCAUCAUUAGCUGGACAUCCCUCCCCGGACCAUGAAAACCCCUCAGCUGCAUUUCAAAGCAUUUCGCCCGCGACUGCUACGUUAUUCUCGCUGAUCUCGUUCGGCAUUGGCAUCUUUAUUAUCAGAGACGUGUCUCUGAUAGCACGAGACAGUCUGGCGGUCUGGACAUUUGUUUCGCUCACACCAAUAGCGCUGAUGUUUGGGAGGGCAGAGUUUUCGUUCGAGCUGGUAUGGUGGUUAAUGCCGUUGCUGCUUCAAGUUGUGGAUUUGGCUAGCCUGUGGGUGAUGAAGGAUCCUGAGGAAGAUUUUCUCCAGCUUGAAAAGAGCCAGUACAAGCUGAAGAGUGCUUAGGAGCGUCAAAAUUGCAAUUGCUUGGUAUCCGUUGAUGCUAAUGGACAGUCACAGCCCUUAAUGUGCAUAAUAGGCCUGUGAAGGAAACCAAACCUAUUUUGUCCUUCUCCAUCAUCAACUUCGAGCCACCAUCCCCUCUUAGCUUCUCUUUCUUCUCUUUCUUCUUCUCUUCUUCUUUCCUACGCUCCCUGUUUCUGCCACUGUUCACAGCAAGAGCUACAUCCAGCUUGACUCCCUUCUUGCUUGCCACACAUUUCUCCUGCCGCACUUCACUCCUUUUCU